AUGAAUUUUCAAGUUCCCAAGCUGCCGGAAUUCGAUGAGAAAACAGAUGAUCCAUAUCAGCAUGUUUUACACUAUGAAACUACCAUGACUAUGUGGCAGUACAACGAUGAGUUGAUGUGUAAGAUGUUUCCACAGUCACUCACUGGUGGAGCAGUUACGUGGUUCAAUCAACUACCGAUACAGUCGAUCGGGACUUACCAUAAACUGGUUGACGAAUUAUGUGCUCACUACAAAUACAACAGACGUGAUCGGAAGCGAUGCCACAUAUUGUUCCUUCUGGAAAUUUGGAAGGAAGAAAGCAUCAGACAGUUUACUCGACGCUUCAAUCAAGAGGCGGCCGAUGUGGAUGGUGCCAACGAUCAAGUCGUCAUCGCGGCUUACAAACAGGCAUACCGGUAUGAUCAAAGGGGUUUGUACGGUUCUUUGGUCAACAGACCAGCAAAUACUUUGGAAGAACUAUAUGAUCGAGCAGAAGAAUACGCUCGAGUGGAAGAUGAUUCUAAAGCUCGAGAAGAAGUUAACAGAUCAUCCAAUCAUCUAAAUGAUGGGAAGAAGGACAAGUCAAAAAACUGUUCGAGCGGACAUCAUAAAGAUCGAGGUGAAGUUCGAGAGAAAAACCAGGGGGAACGAAUGUAA